UUGGGAAACCAUGACAUCUCAGAAACUUGCCAAAGUGUUCCUGCAGCCAACAUGCAGAGCUGACACUGUCUAUGGGAGAUCAAAGGCCACACUGGGCACUGCAGCAGCAAAGCUUGACACAGAAAAAAAACUGAAGGGGAUUGCGGAUUUACCAGGACCCAGCCAGUUAAACGUUUUAUACUGGAUCUUCCUGAGGGGCUACCUGUCUCGUAUACACGAAUUAGAGAUCAUUCAGAAGAAAAAGUAUGGGCCUCUGUGGAAAUCCACUUUGGGAAACUACAGUCUGGUGAGUGUGGCCAGCCCAAAGAUUUUGGAGUCACUGCUGAGACAAGAAGGGAAGUACCCUAUGAGGAAUGACAUGUUCCUAUGGAAAACACAUCGGGAUAUGGGAGGCCACCUGUAUGGACCUCUAACAGAAGAGGGUCAUCGUUGGCAAAAACUGCGGUCUGUGCUAAACCAACGGAUGUUAAAACCGAAGGAAGCCGUACUCCAUACAAGAAAUUUUAAUGAGGUGAUUUCUGAUCUCCUGAUAAAGAUUAAAGAUAUUAGAGCUGAAAGUCCAUCAGGAAUAAUGGUGAAGAACAUGACUCACCUACUUUACAGAUUUGGCUUCGAAAGUGUGUGCACAGUCUUGUUUGAAACCAGACUUGGAUGUCUCCAAAAGGAGGUCCCACCAGAGGUUGAAAAGUUUAUCAAUUCUGUUGACAUUAUGUUCAAAACUCAAGUGAUACUGGAAAGAUGUCCCAGGUGGUCGUUCAACAUUCUUCCCUAUUGGAAAAGACAUAAGGAUGCAUGGGAAACACUCUUUACAUAUGCAAAGUAUUUGAUUGAUAUGAAGAUGGAAGACAUUGAGAAUCGAUUGCAAAAAGGAGAGACAGUAGAAGGGGAAUAUCUGACGUACCUGUUGUCCAGUGGCAAGCUGACUAUAAAGGAGGUGUAUGGAAGCAUGCCAGAGAUUCUACAAGCUGGGGUUGACACAACGUCGAACACCAUGACGUGGGCUUUGUAUCAACUGUCAAAAAAUCAAGACAUUCAGGAAUCGCUGUAUCAGGAGGUGAUCGGGGUUAUCCCAUCUGAGUCUAUUCCAACUGCAGACGAUAUCAACCAGAUGCCACUACUGAAGGCAGUGAUCAAGGAAACCCUGCGCAUGUACCCCGUGGUCCCAGAAAAUGGACGAGUUGCUGUAGAGAAUGAAGUGGUUCUACAAGAUUAUAUUUUCCCAAGAAAUACUCAGUUUGUCCUGUGCCAUUAUGCAAUCUCACGGGACGAGACUAACUUCCCUGAUCCGGACAGAUUUAUACCACAACGAUGGCUGAGGGAUGAAGGGAUAAAACACCACGCUUUCGGCUCAAUUCCUUUUGGAUACGGGGUCCGAUCCUGCCUUGGGCGACGUAUUGCCGAACUGGAGAUGCACCUAGCAUUGUCACGAAUAAUAAAAAUGUUUCGAGUACACCCUGAGCCAGACAUGGGAGAAGUAAGAGCCCUUAAUCGUAUAACUAUGGUACCUGAUCGACCAGUCAAUCUCCAGUUAAUUGAGCGGCAUCAAUAAAAAGCCACAGAUAACAUGCUCAUUCUAUAAGAGAACCUCGAACAUCAUCUACGAAAAGCUUUAACAAUUGGACAGUCUACAAGGAGACCUACAACUGCCAUCUCUCCAUGGGACCAACUAGUCUUCUCGGUUUACUUCCUUCCAUCAGAUCGUUUGUCUUAGUAACCUACAGCUCAAUCUACGAUAUGAAUACCAUUUUCUUGUGGUGUU